GUCCCCCACAGCCCACGAGUGAGGGGAGCUGGUUCAUUUUCUCCAGCUUCGCUCAGGCUCUCAGCAGCGGCUUAGUGGCACUAGGACCUUGAGAGCUUCGGGGGGCUCUGCUUUCCCUAUUAGGAGUGUACAAAUGUCACCACUCUCCCCACACCAGCUGUACAGAGCCAGGUGCCUGAGCCUGACUGGCCUGCUUAAAAAUAGCCACAACCCUGUGCUCUCUGUGAAGGCCACAGAGAUGGCUGCUGCCUGCCACCCACCCACCCGAUUCCACCACGUCCAUGGCACCAACAUCCGCAUUGACCCCUCGCACACUCAGGCCACCAGGGUGGAGAGCUUUGCCAACGGGCUAUGUUUCAGCCAGGAGCCCCUGGAGCCUGGACAGAUCUUCCUAGUGGAGAUUGAGGAGAAGGAGCUGGGCUGGUGUGGCCACUUGCGGGUGGGGCUAACAGCACAUGACCCAAGAAGCCUGGAUGUGGUGCCAGAGUAUUCGCUCCCAGACCUGGUCAGUAUGGGGGACACCUGGGUUUUUGCCAUCACCAGGCAUCACAACCGUGUUACUCCAGAUGGCUCGGAUGCUCGGGUCCAAGGCUUCCUCUCAGAACCCUACCUGCUCAUAGAACAAGUCAGGAUUCCCCGAGACAAGCUGGUGGGACGGAGCAGGCCCAGCCAGUACAGCCACAUGCUGGAUGACUUGUACAAGACAAAUGUGCUGCCCCCGACAGCCCGGAGGAGCAGGAUUGGGGUGCUGUAUGCCAUCCGGUCUGACGGGAUGGCAGACAUGCACAUCAUCAUCAAUGGAGAAGACAUGGGACCGAGUGCCAGGAGCCUCCCUGCCUCCCGCCCACUGUAUGCAGUGAUCGAUGUCUUUGCUUCAACCAAGAGUGUCCGUGUCAUCCAAGUGGAAUAUGGCUUCCCUUCCUUGCAGACCCUCUGUCGACUGCUCAUCCAGAAGCACAUUGUGCACCGACUGGCCAUCGAUGGGCUGGACCUGCCUCCACUCUUGAAGAACUUCUGCAAACAUGAAUGA